AUGGGCAAAGACUAUUACGCCAUUCUAAACGUGGCCAAGGGCGCAACGGACGACGAGCUGCGCAAAGCGUAUCGGAAACUGGCUCUCAAGUGGCAUCCGGACAAGAACCCGAACGAUCCGGAUGGGGCUCAGCGGAAGUUCCAAGAGAUUGGCGAAGCCUACGAAGUCUUGAGUGACAAGAAGAAGCGCGAGAUUUAUGACGUGUACGGUGAAGAAGGACUCAAAGGCCAACCAGCUGAAGGGCCAGAAGGGGGAGGGAUGCCUGGCGGCAUGCCGGGAGGGUUUACCUAUACCACGACCUCUGGCUUUCCAGCUGGAAGCUUUGGGUUCCACUCUUCAGACGCGACCAAGAUCUUUGAGCAGUUUUUCGGCACGUCAAACUUGCACGAAGCUGAACGCAGCGCCCCCAUGGCUUCCAUGUUUGGGGACAUGGGCGGCUUUGGUGGCAUGCGGGGCAUGCGCAGCAGCGGCUUUGGAGGUGGUCGCGACCCCUUUGGGCAGUCACAACCGCCACGAGCUCAGAAGCUCCAGAGUGAGCUGGAAGUGCCGCUUGAGCAGCUUUAUGCUGGCUGUGUGAAGAAGCUCAAGAUCACGCGCAAAGUGCACGACCCAAGCUCGAACACUUUGCGUGAAGAGCAGAAGAUUCUGGAGAUAAACAUUAAACCAGGAUGGAAAGAUGGUACGAAGGUGACGUUUGAGGGGCAGGGCGACGCGCUGCCUGGUCGACCAGCACAAGACAUUGUGUUUGUGAUCCGCCAGAAGCCGCACCCUAAGUUUGAACGAGACGGAGACAAGUUGCUGUACCGUGCCAAGGUGUCACUACGGGACGCGCUGCUGGGCAAUGGCACUUUGAGCGUCAAGAUGCUGGAUGGACGUGAAGUGCCUGUUCCACUCGGUGGAGUGAUUGCACCAGGCACGAAGCUGGUUAUUGCUGGAGAAGGCAUGCCGCUGCAGAAGAACCCGUCGCAGCGAGGCAAUUUGGUGGUGGAGUUUGACGUGCAGUUUCCGACGCAGCUCACGGAAGCGCAGAAGAACUUGGUGCGUCAGGCGCUGUAG